GGAUGAUGUGAGUUUUCAUGGCUCAGACCAAAUUCCAACUCCUAAUAUUGAUGAUCUGGCAAAUAGUGGAGUUAUUCUGAACAAUUACUAUGUGCUGCCAGUUUGCUCACCUACACGCAGUGCUAUUAUGACUGGGCGAUAUCCAAUACAUACUGGUAUGCAACAUUCAGUGAUUUCUGCUGCCCUACCAUAUGGAGUUGGUCUCGAUGAGGUGUUUCUGCCUCAGUAUCUGAAAGAGCAAGGCUACCAAACACACGCUAUUGGAAAGUGGCAUCUCGGGUUUUUCAAGAGUGCCUACAUUCCAACCAGCAGAGGCUUUGAUUCGUUCUUUGGAUUUUGGAGCGGCAAAACUGACUACUGGGACCAUUCCCAAGCUGAAGACGGCUUCUGGGGGUUGGACCUUCGCAACAACACCACGCCUGUUUGGGAUGAAUGGGGUCACUACGGAACGGACCUUUUUGGCGAGCAGGCUGUGGAUAUCAUUAACGUGCAUGACACUUCCAAGCCCAUGUUUAUGUAUCUUGCUCAUCAAGCUGUGCACAACGCCAAUAGCGAUCAAUCUAUCCAGGCACCGAAAGAUGUUAUAGCAAAAUUUUCUCAUAUUGAGGAUGAACGAAGAAGGAUAUUUGCUGCCAUGGCAACAGUGUUGGAUCAAUCUGUAGGCAAGGUUGUAGACGCUCUGAAAGCUCGUAACAUGUACAACAACUCGGUGAUAAUCUUCUCUACUGAUAAUGGAGGACCUGCAGCCGGUCUUGAUGGCAACAGUGCUUGUAAUUAUCCACUGAGAGGAAUGAAAACAACACUUUGGGAAGGUGGAGUGCGCGGUGUGGCGCUAGUUCACAGUCCCUUGUUGGGCACCAAAGGUCGAGUAAGCAUGGACAUGAUGCACGCUACAGACUGGGUCCCAACGCUCUACGGGCUGGCAGGAGGGAACACUAGCAAGCUGGAAAAUCUGGAUGGUUUUGACAUGUGGCCUACCCUGGGUCGUGGAGAACAGAAUCCUCGCUCCGAAAUAUUAAUCAACAUUGAUAACAAUAACGCUGCACUUCGUUUUCAGCAGUGGAAAUUAAUAAAUACAAGUGCUAGUACUGCUCGCAGUGGUUGGUAUCCUCGUCCAGGACUUACAGACUCCAGCAGGUCUUUCAGCAACACAACUCUAAAGAAUGCAAUAGUUAAUUGCUCUGGGGAGCCCCCGGUCACGCCAGCGGAGUGCAGAGAGAAGCCAUGCCUGUUCAACAUUGAAGAUGAUCCGUGUGAGUACUACAAUGUUGCAGAGAAAUACCCGGAUGUAAUGAAAAAGUUGCUGAGCAUAUUGGAAAAGUACAAAAAGUCCAUGGUUCCACCAAGAUAUAAACCCAUAGAUGAAGCUGCUGACCCAAAUGCUCAUGGAGGAGUUUGGACACCAUGGCGUGAUUAGGAAUUGACCAAAUGAAAGCCAGAGCUGAUUUAGUUCACAUUACAAAAACAUCAGCUGAGAGUGACUAUGACUUCAGGAAGUUUCCUCAGGGCCAUAUUGGUGUUCCUAAACAAUGAAAUUGUUCUCCUUUGAAAAAUGAAUUCUUUUGUAUUUAUGGCUUUUAUGAAAAUGCUUUUUACAAGAGAUUUUUUUUUUUUUAUAAGUAAAUGUUUUUUAUAUAGCUACGAUAUUUCUUGUGCUUUAGUGUUCGCCUGAGAUUGGCACCUCAGUUUGUCUGAGAAUAGCACUGAUUCAAGAAAUGGUUAGCUUACAUUUGUACAUGUACUUAGGGUCCUUUUUUAUUGAAAAUUCUAUAUAUACACUUAGUAGUUUAAAAAUUACAAUGUGGUCACAAAACUUGAAUCUGUACUGUGUGUUAAGUUGUUGGUCUCUGUUUCUGUUUGGUUUUUGUUUUGUUCUGUUUCCCACUCUCUCUUUUUAAAUAACUAAUAAUGUAAAUAGGACCAAAUGGGGGAAAUAAAGCUUCUUGUUGCUGUUGUAGUUGA